AUGGAUGGUACUAUUGUUGUUGCUCCGGUGAAGAAAGGAAAAAGGAAAAGAAGAAAGAAGGUGGGUGUGGAGAGGAGAGCUGAGAGUGACCUUGUUGAAGUGGAAGUGAAGCGCCACGUGUUGGGUCAUAUGCAAAUCAAUAUCCACACACUAAUAACUCCCGCGAGACCCUUAUUUAUCCUUAGUAACACACCAUCUAUGGUAUUUAUGUGUCUGAGCUCUACAAGAAACUCCAUCGUCAACAAAUACCCAAGACACGAACCUGAAACGUCAUCCAUGGAGUGUUGCUUCAAAGUAGUGAGCAAAGAUGGUCCAAAAACUUUCCAGGAUCAUUUCAAGCGCCCAAUUGUAUUUGGCGGACUGCUAAUUGAUUUAGGAACUAAGGACACAGGUACACAUUACCUCGAAUAG